CUAGAUUUGGACCCAAAAUGUGGACUACCGAAAUGACAAAAACAAAAUUAAAUAAAAUAACAAAAGCAAACUUUUUAAAGCCGUAGCGAACAUACUGGAUAGAACAAGACGUACUCGUAGAGUCACCAUGUUAAUGAUGCCCAGAUCAUCGAGAAUGAGUUUCCGCGAAAGUAUAAUAGCGUUACACGAUCCGAGUAGACGCAGCGUCCUCAGCAUGGACAGCUUCACCAGCCUGCACUCCGGAAGUCGAUUUGGAAGCCAGAUAACAAUGGGAACAUCCGGUGACACAUCGAAGAUCACGAUUGCUCAUCGAAUGACGAUGGCGAGGAACGAGGUAGAAGAGAUGAGGAAAGCUCUGGAGAAAGUCCGAGAGACGACCACGAAGAAGAGAACGUACUUAAGGGCAGAGCUCGAGGAACUCGAAAUUCGUAUCAGCGAAACUCAAGAGGCGAAAGAAGAAUUCGAGGAGGAUGUCGUGGCGGAAGGUGUGAAUCGUAUCACGGGGAAAAUUCCAGCAGAGAAAAUCGUCAGAUUCGUGGAGGAGUGGCUGCGAUCGGCGAACACGAUUGUGGAACGACUGAGGCUGAGAAGCGCGACGCUGAGGACGCAGAUCAAAAGGGCUCAACAACAGCUGAUUCAGAGGGAGGAGCUCGGAGAGUCGCUUCACGUGGUUGACUUUGAAAAAUUGACCAUCGAGAACCAGGAUUACGUAAAGAUGAUCGAGGAGAAGAAUCGCUAUGUGAUUGAUAUGAAGAGAAUCGCAGGUCAUUAUCACUUGAAACUCACACAAAGAAAACAGAAACUGAACAAUCUAGUGACCACGUUGAAUGAAGUACAACAAGAGACCAUAGCGAAAAAAGAACAGAUUAAAAAUUUCUCAAGCGAACUGAAGGUUGUACAGGCCAAGGUGAAUCAGAAAACUAAGCUAUUGAAGAACUUGGUGACCUUCGUGGAAAAUCACAUUGCACCAGAUAUCCUAGACUUCGUCUAUCUGCAAGCAGAGUUCCAGAAAUUGGAGAAAGUGUUUAAACGACUGCAAAGACGUAGAGACAUCGAUCGAAUAAUAUACCACACCUACAAAAAACGCUAUCUAAGGAAAAUUCAAACCAGCUCCGACUAUCUAUUCGCAAGUAAACAUAGAAAGAAAUUAUCCGACACAAGGUACCCCGUUCAGUUCUUCCCAGAAAAUCCCGCUUACUGAAAACGGGAAAUGCAGUUGUUUAGGUAAGAAAUUACGCAGCCACUGUCACUGGUUACGCCACUGGAUAAUUGGAGUUACGGUGCUCGAAGCUUGAAAUAAGCGUCCACUCAUACUUUCCAUAAGAAAGUCCAACAAAAAAAAUACAGCAGUAAAAAAAAAUACAGGAAGAUACA